AUGGAUUUGUUCUCAGAAUUGCCACAAGGCGUUAUUCAUCGCAUACUGAAAUUCCUUCCUACAAAGGCAACAACUCAAACAAGCGUCCUUUCGAAGUCAUGGAAAAGCGCAUGGGAUUCACGCCCCAUAGUGGAUCUAGAUUUAAAGAUGUUGAAGCCUUAUGAAGAGAAGAUCCCGGAAUUCACGAUGAAAGCCUUGGAGAGGUAUGUUCAUCAAGGUCUUGGAAUAGAACAGUUGAAUAUAUCCUGGAAUACGUCAUUCACGCAGGACAUGGAAUAUAAAAUAUUGGAUUCAAUGAGUCUGUGGCUAGACUUUGCAUUAGCCGCAGAUGCCGUUUUGAGGAUAGUUUUGAAAACAUCAAGUUUCCGUGCCUCCAAGAUCUACUCUUGA